AUUGAAUAUCUAUUAAUAUUAAUAGUCAGCUGAUUUUAACAUAUUCUUAAUAUUAUCUUGGUUUUAUGGCUUCAAGAAGGUUGUACUGAGAAUACCUUUGGAUAUUUUAAACUUGUUCAACAAACACAAAAAAUCAACAACUUCGUACUUACUGUGUGAUAUUUGUUUUUUUUUUACGGAGAAAAAAACGAAAAAAAUCAUAAUCACUGGAGUAAAUUCUUUUGGAGAUAAUACAAGCGGAUGCUGACUAGUAUGUGUGAAAAGACUGAAAGUUGAAUGUGACACCCCAGAGAGUGAUGAUCCAACUUUAAACAAUCAUACAAAAGUAUUAGAGGAAUUACAACCAGUGAGAAAUCAUCAUAGUCCAUCAUCAUUUAAUCAAGUCGAGGAGAAUUCAUCUAGUCAUACAUCAGCAGAUUCUAAAGACGGCUACCCGGAAACUAUAACCAAUGGCACCACUCAAGGUGAUAUACCGUCCCUGGUCACUACAGGGGAUUCCGUCCUCCAGGCCGGUGAGCCGUGGGUAAUGUCAGGAGUUGCUGGCCCACUUACAGUAAUAACUAUAAAACCUAGUCUCGGUGACACUUCUAUGACUGGGUCCCCUCUCUCACCAGGAGAGGUUAUAACGAUUCCCAUUGACUGGUUCACUGGCAGAGGUGACCCUAACAAGACAUUAGCUGAUCUUCAUAAUCCAAACUUCAUUGCAAAUUUUUUAAAUAGUUCCAGAGCCGUAGCUUACCCACAUAUUGUUCAAGUUCCUACGAGUGAAGGAGCGGCAUCAUCAUCAUCGUCAUCAUCAGAAACAGCCAACGAAGGUACCUCAGAAACAAACGCUACACCCUCGGCUUCGGCUACAAGUGAAACCGACGGUAUCAAUAGUGAAACACCCACCACGAUGCAGGCGUACAGUCAGAAUGCGGCUGCGCAGUUUGGGGCAUUUUAUAACAGUCCCACUGCCCAGAGUUAUAUACCUCCAUACCAAUCAUCUGCAGACAUCAAGUCCAUUAAAAUGAACCCACAGUACCCAGGAUAUGGGGCAAACUUUACCCAGGCAGGGCAAGCAGGCUUUCCUUAUAGUCCUGGUUCAUUUCCUGGUACUGGAAACAGCACAACAUCGUCAUCAGUGUAUUCACCACAACAACAGGCAACUAUAGACAGUUACUACAGCCAGUACAGUAACGCAGCAGCGAACGCCUACUACCCUUACCAGUAUGUUCCGACAACCCUCUCAGGGACCACAACAGCUGUGCCUUCCAACAACUCCCAAACAUAUGUGUUAGAUCUACCCCCAGCAAACAUGGCCACUGCUACUAGUAGCGUACAGGGCUCACAUAUGGAUCUACAGUCACCCUCCAAUUCUACAGGUGAUAGUGGCGGUCAGUAUACCAUACCUACAAGUCCUUCACCCCCUUUAGAUAGAGCUAGACAAAAAGGAAGUAAAAAUAGGCAAGGUCGGCGGCAGAAUCCUUCACCGAGUCCCGAGUCGGAUUUAGAACGUGUAUUUAUAUGGGAUCUAGAUGAAACUAUAAUUAUUUUCCACUCACUGUUAACGGGGUCCUAUGCUCAAAGAUAUGGAAAGGAUCCCCAGGCCUCUGUACAGCUUGGCUUACGGAUGGAAGAAAUGAUCUUUAGUUUAGCAGAUACUCAUCUAUUCUUCAAUGAUUUAGAGGAAUGUGAUCAAGUACAUAUUGAUGAUGUUUCAUCAGAUGACAAUGGACAAGAUUUAAGUACGUAUAAUUUUGCUGCGGACGGUUUCCGACAAGCAGCAACUAAUGCCAAUUUGUGCCUAGCAACUGGUGUACGAGGGGGAGUUGACUGGAUGAGAAAAUUAGCAUUCAGAUAUCGCCGAAUAAAGGAACUGUACAAUACUUACAGAACCAACGUUGGAGGUGUUAUAGGACCACAGAAACGUGAUCAGUGGGUUCAACUACGUCAAGAAAUUGAGAGUCUUACCGACAACUGGUUAACACUCGCCCUUAAAUCUCUUAGUAUCAUCAAUUCCAGAUCAAACUGUGUGAAUGUACUAGUCACGACAACUCAGUUAGUGCCUGCCCUAGCUAAAACCUUGCUAUAUGGCCUUGGUGGUGUAUUUGCUAUAGAAAAUGUCUAUAGUGCUACUAAAAUAGGUAAAGAGUCUUGUUUUGAGAGAAUCGUGUCACGAUUUGGAAAGAAAUGUACGUAUGUUGUAGUCGGAGAUGGUCGCGAUGAAGAGGCUGCUGCGAAACAAAUGACCUGGCCUUUUUGGAGAAUUUCUAAUCAUUCCGAUUUAGCCGCUUUACAUCAUGCACUAGAACUUAGCUACCUCUAGACAAAAAACUUUACAGAAUCUGUUACAGUGCGUAAAUAAGACUUUUGAAAUUUUACACGGGAGUUUGUGCCGGCUAUUUCAUAGCAAUAUACAGCUAUACAAAGUUAUUUAUGAGACUUUAUCCAGUUUUUAUGGAUGAUGUCAAUCCGUAGAUGACCAUGUGUCAAUGAAUUUCUAUGGAUUUGAUGCAGAUGAGAAACAUUGUUGUUGAACCGUAUUGUAAUUGUGCAAAAGUUCAAUGGUUUUUGUUUAAACUUUUUUUUUAAAAACUUUGUGUUUUGGUACCUUGAGAUUACUGGUUUGUUUUGCAGAGAUUUCAUGCAAGAUUUUAUAGAAAAAUGAAUGCCGUCUGCAGCAUGCCUGACUCUAAAUGAAGAGCUAAACUCGUAUGUAAAUGUGAACUUACAAAAUAUGAAAGACAUAUGUGUAAAGUGCAAGACAGACAUAUGUGUUAUACAUAUGUGUAAAGUGUAUGACAUAUAAGAAAAGGUGUAAAGCAAGUGGAAAGAAGUGAUUAUGUGACACUUACUUUUGAAAUGUGAUAGGAUGUCAUACAGAAAUAAAUAACAGUUGUUGAAUGGCAGACGUAAUUUUAACCGGAAGGCAAACAUCUUAAUGAACAUUUCAUGAACAUGUCAUGAACAUUUCAUGAACAUUUCAUGAACUCUAUACUUCAUUACAUGUGCAGUACAUUUCAUAUUUUCCACUGUAAACUGAACAUUUUUUAAUGAAUAUUCAGCAUUAAGGAACUGUCUGUGUGACUGUGAAUAGUGUAAGAAUAAACUGUGUACAGCGUCAUAUAUAAAGAGAAUAAGGCGUGGUGAAGUUGUCAGUGGAUUGUGUAAAAGAUGUGUAAAUGUGAAGAAUUUUAUCUGUACAUAAUCUACAGUUGAUAAAGUCAGGAAAAAUGACAAGUUACCAUGGAUUAUCUAGGUGUAUUUUUUUUCUUUAAAUCAUAUUGUUUGAGUGAUUUGGGUUUUAUAUAUAUAUAUAUUUGUAAUAUAUAUAUAUUGUUGAAAUGUGCCAUUUUGUAUUACGUUUUAGUUUGUUUCAUAUAUACAUAUAUAUAUUUACACAUACUUAACACAUGUUUAUUUAUCCAGACAAUAAAUAUUAGAAGUACGUUGUUACUGAAAUGAAACCCCACAGUUUUUAGAUAUUAAAAUCCCAAGAAUUCAUGAAGUUAAUUUCUUGUCAAUAAAAAAACAUGACUGGGUGACUAACCUGUUGACCCAUUUGUCAUUUUUUUUUCUUUAAUAAUGAUUUUUUUUUUUCGGCAAAAAACAAUAUUUUAUAUUUUAUAAGUUUCAGUUUUACAUCUUUUUACAGUAUUGUUUCGUAUUUGCUAUCAUAAUCUAAAUUUAUUAUAUUUCAAUUUGAUUUUACUAUUAUUGUUUGUUAUGUUCUCAUCAAGGGGAUGUGAACACCCUUGUGUGAAAAUUUGUUUAUUCUAGGAAGAAAAGCAACUACGUGUAGCAAAGUUUUGCCAGUUUUUUUUUUUAAAUAUGAUGCAAUUUUAAUUUUAAUAGAUUUAUAAAAGCUCGGAGAGACAUCCGUUUAGAAAGUCUGUUCAAGCACAGGUUUGAAGAUUAAAGUCCUGUACGUUCCUGGCAAUAUAUAUUGCGGAGAUAUUUUAUGCAACAGCUUUUCGUUAAGUUUCGAUUAUGCACAGUUUCCGAGUCUGAUAUUAGAAAAACUAUAUACUCAUGGUUCCCAGAUUAAUAAGGACACAGUCUUGGUCUUUUAUCCUUUUAUGCAAACAUUUAGUUUUAAUUCUGACUUCAGUUCUUCUAGAAUUUGUGGUUCUGAAAAAAGAACAAUAUUCAUAGUUUGAUGACGGUAUUUCAGCAGCAUGAAUUGAUGAGUAAUGUCUUUUGAUUAAAUGACUUUUUAUAUGUAUUAUUUUUUUGUGUCUUUUUUUUUUUACAUAUCAUCAUUUUGUUAUGAUAUUUUAUUGCAGUAUGCACACAAAAUAAUUGUUAUAGGUAUAAAUAAGAUUAUACCUUUCUUACAGUUUUUUCAAAUGUAAAUUUAAGGGAUUUUUUUUUUCACUAUUGUCUUAGUAAGAUCCCAACAAUUUUUUUUUCUCAAAUGAAAAAUAUUUAUUCUAUUGAAAAAUUGUAUUCAUACCAAUUUAAAUUAUUUCCAGUGUUUGACCGUGACCACCAAUUAUUUCAGUUUAUUCGAUACAUAAAAGAUUUAUAUCCAGGGUAUAUUUAAGAGUUUGACCCAUUAGCAUCAUAUUUAUAAGGUCAAAUUAUAGGAAGAAUACUUAUAAAAUUUAAACCUUCCUAAUAUUUUUAGACUGCCACUUGAUUGUCAUGCCAGAUCAUACAUUCACAAGGUGUUUUUUAUGUCUACUUUCAUUGAAGUUAGCAUUUGUUAACAAUCCAUAUAUUACUCAUUUUAUGAGUAGUGACUCACCAUUCAAAAAGACACCAUAAUUGAUUGUAUUUUUGUAUAAUAAUAAAGAUAAGUGUUUUGUUUUUUGUCAAGGGUCAGUUCUAUUUAUCAGUGCAAUGACAGUAGAUAUAUUUUGUAAGUUUUUUUUUUUCUUUCAUUAAAUUUUAUCAGUAUUUAGGAAUUGCAACAUUUAAGGUCUUUUGUUGUUGUUGUUUUUUUACCAAAAUAUAAGAGAUCUUGUUAUUAUUUUGCUAAAUAAUAAACAGCUUUAAGAGCUAAGGCUUACCUGAAAUUUUAAGUGCUCCAUGACCAUUUGAAUCUCAGACUUUGUGCUUGAAAUAAUAGCCAGCGUGUUAUUUUUAUGUAAUGAUUAAAUUUCAUGUUUGUCCUAUUUAUAGUAACAGAAUUCAUAUUUUGAUCUAAUUAUAGUAACAGAAUUUCAUAUUUUGAUCUAUUUUUAGUAACAGAAUUUCAUAUUUUGUUCUAUUUAUAGUAACACAAUUUUGUAAUUACCAAAUUAAAAAGAUGAUUGAAAAUUUACUAAAGGGAAAGGGAAGUAACUGAUUUCAGCCAACUUGUUAUUUUAAUGUUGAUUUGUUUAAACUGUAUAAAAGGCAGAUGUUGCGGCAGACAAUCAUUACGUGGAAGAUUAAUUUACAAGAGUUUCAGCAUUUUAAAUAUGGCAAAAUUAGUAUCUAUGAUGUCAUAUUUUGUUGUGUCUGCUUAAUGGAAUAUCACAGUAGAUUCCAAUUUUACAACAAUUUACUGUUUUAAAUACUUCUUUAUGAUAUUUGACAUAUUUUGUAUAACUUAUAUAACAGUUUAAUUAUAAAAAAAGAGAUUUUUAGAUUUUUUUCACCUUUUCUAAAAUGUUGUUGACCUGUUUUAAAGGUGAUAGGUAAAAUAAUGUAACAUUAUAUGCUGUCACAUUGUUCUCAUUUUAUGUCACAUUUUACUGAAAGACGAGUAUAUUUUUUUUUAAGGGUGUCACUAUAUACGUCACUGCAAUUAUAAAUGCAAAUAUCACUGGUCUGAGAUAAUGGGAGAACGCAGUAGCAACAAAUGUAAUAAAGGUAUAAAAAAUAUAACGAUAUAACAAUUAUGAAAAGAAUUCUAUUUUUUGCUUAUAAUUUUGUGACAUGAUAUAGUGAAAGAUGAGAAGGGAAGGAUACUAUAUUUGAAUAUGAUUAAUCAAACCCACCAAUUAGUAUUACUGGUUUAUUUUCAUUUUAUAAGGUUUAUUGUCAUGCACCCGCAAUAUUUCCCUGGAGCAUAUACAUAUAGUUGUGGGUUGGUCCUUAGAUUUCUUUUGUCACAGUACCUUUACGAUUGAAUUUGGAAGAUAUUGAUGUGUUAAUUUGGAAGAUAUUGGAUGUGCUUGUAUCCUCCUUUGGACCUUUACCCUCUGGUCGGGGUUUCAGGUCAAAUUGAGUCAAGGUCAACGAGGCUUGCUAAGUAUAGAUUUUCUUAAAAUUAACUCGGAAGGACAUGUUUUUUAAAUUUUGUGAAAGCGACAUCAGGGAGUUGCCAUCAGUGUAGCCGAUAAUCUUUAUUUUGUUAUCGUAAUAUAUUCAUCUUAAUACCAUUUCUUAUAGAGAUUUAGUAAGCUUCCAAAUGAUCAUGAUCACUAACAAGUCUUGUUCAUCAGCUGCUUUACAAAUUAAAGUGUAAUAUUUAGUAAAUGGGUCAAACUAUGUGAGCUAUUGAUGGAUGUAAAACCUAAUAUCUUUCAUACAUGCAGUACAUGUACAGCCUACAUCAGCUUUUUGUUGUUGUUUUUGUUGUUAAGAAAAUAGGGGAAAUUAAAUGAAAUUGUUCCCCCCACCAAUAUAUUUAUUACAAAUGUCUGUAUCAAAAUUUUAGGUAUAUUUGUACUACAUUUUCUCCCAUUUUAUCAUAUAUAUACAAUUUUUCUGUAUAUUGUUCAAAGGCAAAACAAUUGGGAGUUGCAUUACAAUGUAUAUUUUAGCAACAUAUUUUCUCAUUAUUAUGUAAGACUUCAUUGUACAUUUUAUAUUUUAAUAUUUGACCAAGCUAGUAAAACCAAAGUCCCUUUUAUUAAUGAAGUAUUAUAUCUUUAUAUGAUGUUGUAUAUUUGAAUUUCAUAUAUUGCUUUCUGUUAUAAGGAAUUUCCAUUCAGAUGUGGACAUUCUGAGUAUUUUGUAAAGCCUACCUGUUGUUUAUAGACUGGUCCUAAAAUUUAUUUUUUUUUGGAAAAAAAUAUAACCAGUCCACUUUUAGGGGAGUGAAACAAGCAUAUAUUAAUCAUGUCCACUUGUGGUUAAGGUGUCUGCCUCUUAACCCAGGGAUCAUAGGUUUGUGCCCUUCUUAGGUCAGAUCAUGUUUCCUCAUGUGGCACCAGUACUGGUAAGUUCCAGGAAGUGGACAUGAUUAAUAUAUGCUUGUUUCACUAUCAAGCUAAAAAAAAUAAGUUUAAGCCUUACUUUUAUAUACUGAAAUUUAUUUUUUAGUGUUAGUGUGUGAAAAAUACUUUUGAAAAUUGACCUAUUUCAAGUUAACUAUAAAUUGUGGAUUUUUAAAGAUGUUUCUUUUUAUCUGAUUUUUCAAAUCUGUCACUCAAGAUUUGACAACCAAAAAAUUUGCAACAAAAUAACAAAGUAAAAUAGAGCCUCAAUAGACAACAGGUAGAUAAGUAAUUAUUUUUUUAUGUACAAUCAGUUUUGUGAUUUAACAGGAGAGAAGAAGAAUGGUAUUUGGUGUUUUUGUGUCUUAUCAUUUUAUAAAUCCUGAUUACAUUAUGUAUUAUAAAUAUUGAAAGCAAGAGAAAAUAAAUAUACUACAAAUCUUA